AUGGAGCCCGGCGCUCACAGGGAACACCUCUUUCUGGAGCGUUUAGAGUAUAGUGACGUCUAUCGGAGAUCUCCACCGCGCAAGCGGAAACGAAAGAUAACGGAAGAUGCUGAAGAUCUCGUCGAGAAGAGAACUGCCGCCAACACCAUGGAACGUCGUCGGAUGGAGCGUUUGAACACCGCCUUGGAUCGACUCCGCGAGAUUAUCCCUGCUGCGUCCGACAAACGCGUCUCGAAGAUAAAGACUCUCAAAAUGGCGAUCGCUUACAUAGAUUAUCUACAGAAACUCCUGCUCCAUAAUGAGCCAUCGGGCUGGGAACCGCAUUUCCCCUACAAAUAUCAACAGCGGUAUUACGAAUACCCACAUCCUCACUCGCCACUUGAUGGGUCAUUGAGCUCAUAUUCCAAUCCUCAAUAA